CUUCAGUACAGACGAGGAGCGACGACGGCACAGAACCUCAGCCACAGAUGUCCUCCGUGAAUACUCAUCAGCAGCCACUUCCGGUAUCCUGAGGACAAACCCUCACUGUUCCAACACGAAGCGUCUCCCCGCCUCGGGAGGUUCGCCGGCCAGCGGCGAGAACGAAGCGAGGCAGCGGCCAUGGCUCGCCCGUCGCGGCUCUACCUCCUCGCCUACAACUCCGUCCAGGCCAUCGGAUGGUCCCUCGCCCUGCUCCGCCUCCUGCCCUGCCUCGCCCCUCCGGUCUCCGUCCGCCCCGCGUACGCCGCCGCCGGCGACCUCAUAUGCUUUCUGCAAACCUGCGCGGUUCUUGAAACGGUCCAUGCCGCCGUCGGAUUGGUACCCACCUCGCCGUUUCUUGCUUUCUUGCAAUGGGGAGGGAGGACUCACUUCAUUCUCGCCCUUCUCCGGCAAAUCCCUGAGGUUCAGGGCAGUCCAUCUGUGUUCAUAACGUUUAUGGCUUGGAGCAUAUCUGAGGUCAUUCGAUACUCUCACUAUGCUCUGACUACGUUAAAAGUUUGUCCGGCAUGGAUGACUUACCUCAGGUACACUGCCUUUAUCCCGCUGUAUCCAAUCGGGGUAGGACCAGGAGAAAUGUGGACUAUGUACCAAGCUCUUCCAUUUGUGAAGGAGAGGGGCCUCUACUCAGGAUUCUUCGCAAAGUUCUCCAUGAGCUACCAUUCAUUUCUUGUGGGUGUGCUACUGUGCUAUCCGCUUCUGUGGCUGAAGCUGUACUUGCAUGUGUUCAAGCAGCGCAAGUCCAAGCUGGGAAAGGGGGGCAGGAAGAAACGGGCGUGAAAGAAAUAGGUUCAGCUCAGCUGCCAUUAUUUCGCUGAAAUUCGGUAGGCGAGCAGGUUGCCGGGGGAUCUUGCAGCUGAUGCAGUUGUGGAGGCUUGGCUGAGAUGAACAGCAAACUUACUAUACUACUAGCAGUUUACUGGGUGUUGAUUACCUUUGGAACAGCAAUUUAUUAUACUACUAGCAGACUUAAA